GUGUGGCAUUGAGAAUGGGAGUCGAACACGACAGAGAAACCGACCGAGGGAAAGGGAUGGAGAGAGAGAGAAUGUGGCGGAUUGUGGGAGACUAUUAAGGCAAUGAAAGUGGUGGAUGAACAAGCAAGCGAAGCCGUCAAUUGCCGAUCGAAUCAACCGUGGAGUGGAGAAGGAGAUAAACCGAGUCCUCGAGCAGCUGGGGGUUCUGUAGUCGGAAGGAAGGAAAGGGACCCUUUGAUUGAAAGUCAGACCGCCCCAUUUACCCGAUGCACGAUGCGAGUGAUGGUCGCCGAUGGAGCCCAUGGGGAGUGGGGCCCAUGCUGCUAAUGACAAUGAUGAUGAUGAGCAGCAGCAGAAGCAGCAGCGAAGGACGAGUCCCCCGUUUCCUUCCUCUGCAAGCAGAUUUGCCGCAGCAGUUUCUGGUGAGGAGAAGACGAAGAGAAGUGAGUGGACAAGUGAAGAGAGAGAAAGAGAGAGACUGAGAAGAAAUUGACAUUUGCUCUGCUUCACUGUCGCUCCAUUCUCUCCCUCCCGCCCUCCCUGCCUCCCUGCCUCCCUGCUCCUGCUGCCCCUGCUACGCAUUUCUGCCCUCUCGCAGCACGCACGCGCUUCAGAAGCGGCCCCUGCUGCGGCUGGGGAUGGGGAUGGGGUGCUGCAGCCUGAUUGCUUGACUGCUCCACUGCAGAUGUGCAUGGAAGUAUUAAAUUCGCCGCUGCUCUGGUGCAUCUGACUCGGGGUCAAAUGUGGGUCAAAUUGGAGUGGAACUAGAGACAGAUGCAGUGAGUUGAGUGCUGCCUGCUGGCCUGCAAGCAAGCCCCAGGGGAAGCAGAAAGAAGCAUAUGAACCUCGACUUCGCUGAUCUCCUCCUUCUUCUUCUUCUACUAGUUCCACUAAUUCCACUAAUUCCACUCCUCCCCUGCAUCCUGCAUCUGCCUCUGCAUCCGCAUCGGCAUCUCGUCAGUACCAUUAAUCCCAUGCCCCCAGUUUGCGGUCGCUCGAGAACAUCAGCAUCAUCAUCAUACAGCUCGAGCACUGUCUUUGUCUUCGUCGACAACUCUAAAGCUCCCAGACAGAUGGUCCAACGUAAACAGGAUUUGGAUGUGAGGUUCUGGAUCAUUCCUUAUUCCGAAGGCCUCUCAUGACAAAAAUUGAAGCUCCUGCUGCUGCUGCUGCAAAGUACGUACUCACUUAUGCAAUCACAACAACACAAUAGUGAAGAAGAAGAAGAGGCAGAAGGUGGCACUCGCUGCGCUUCACGACAGGCAAUAGUGGAGAGAGUGCCCAAUGGCUGGAGUGCAGGUGGUGCUCGUUCUCGUCUCGCCAUCGGUCGAUUGGUGCAGGUGAGGAGCGGAUUGUGAGUGGAUGAGGAAGAAGCCGGCGAUGCUGUAGCCGCAUCAUCGAGAAGGACGAGAGGAGCGCGAAAUCGGAAGGUUGCGGAGCGAUGAGGACGAGCGAAUUGCAGGGGGCGGCGGCGCCCAUAAUGGGGUACACGAAGGCGGAGAAGAAGCCGAUCCCGAUCCCCGGAAUGAGCGACUACCACAGGGACGAGUUCCACCCGUCGUCGGUGAAGAGCGAGCUGCAGGUGCCGCCAUCGCUCAAGGACGAAUUCUACAUCCCGCCAUCGCUGCGAAACGACUUCUCGCUCUUCAAUUCGAACUCGGCCCGGUACACGGACUGCAACACGCCGCGAAACGAGCGCGCGAGCCUGGCGAUCAACAUGCCCUUACCGACGGGGUCAAAUUGGGCGCACGACAACAGGAUCCACACUGCGGCGUCCUCGUGCAACAAUCGAUUCUCGCCUCCGAGCAGCAGCUGGACGGGAGGGCCCGAGGUGCUGGGGCAGCAGAAUCAAUUCGAGCCGCCCUCGAGGGCGCAUUCGAUCGUGGGCGACGCGGACCAGGAGAUCGAUGACAUCACCACCACCAACAACCACGGGAUGGACAGCGCCGCGAGGAGGAGAUUGCUGCGCAACAUGAGCCGAAGCUCCAUGGCCGGAAUUGCACGCAGCAGCUCCGUUUACGCCCCGAAGAAAUCGAGGAGCGAGAAAUUGAAAGAUUACGUGCAAUACGAGAAAGGAAUCCUCGAAUCGCUGCUGCCGCUGAAGGCCGCAGUGGCCGCCACCACGGCCUCGAUCAUCUCGUUCCUGCCGAUUCUUCCCGACAUGCUUCGCUACUACGGGACCACGGCCGUGGUCGGAGUGGGCAUGACUUUGGAGCCUACCGUCGGGCAGACCCUGCAGAAGGGCUACAACCUGGCGUUGGGCUCGCUGCUAGCCGCUUGCUGCGCCUUCGCCGUCUUCAAGGUCGAGCCGUACACCGGGGGGCUCCGGGUGCCGUUUCUCAUCCUGUGCGCGUUUCUUGGCGGCUGCCUGCCGCGCAUGUACAACCUGCCCGCGGUGAUCAAGAGUCGUUGGGGCCAGGUGGUGAGCUACUACAUCAGUGUGUUCCAUGGGCUCGUGCUGUGGAACCCGCUGGCCAAGAAGCAGACGAGCCAGUUUCUGUUCAAUUGCAUGUGCUACUCGAUCGGGUUCCUGCUCUCGUUCUCCAUGGGGCUCUGCAUCAAGCCCGACUACGCCGGCGACAUUCUGCUCUCGCUGCUCGUGCGCAACUUCCACACCGCCGGCUCCGUGCUCGAGCGCAUCGUCGAGGAUUAUAAAAACGGGCUCAUCCGUGACAAGAUCCAGGAGCUGCUGCACAAUGUCAUCCACGAGGAUAAGAUCCACUCCGAUCUCCAGUUCAUCAUGAGCUCCAUCCCCGAAGCUGACAAGCUGGUCACUGCCGUUCAGUGGGAACCCGUCCAUGGCAAGUUCUAUUCAGGCUAUCCUUGGAGUCUGUACCCGAAGCUGCUGGAUGUGUUGCUGCACGUGAUGUACGAUCUGCUGGCCAUGGACUCGUGCUUGCGUGGUGAAAUUCAAGCUCAAGUGCAUGUGAGACAGCUCUUCGCUGAGGAUAUGGAGGAGGUUGCCAGAGAAUGUGCCACGCUGUUUCACAAGAUCGGGGACGGGCUAGAGCAGCAUAAAAUGAGUGAUUAUCAGAUUCAUGUAGCGAAGGCGAAAGAUGCCACCAGGAGAUUGAGAGCCAAGCUGUCGAGAUUUUCAGCUCUGGUCAUAGCCCAAGACUCGGCACCAGCGUACAGCAGAUCGACAUCCAUCAGUUCGAGCAGAGGCGAUGCAGUGGCGGCGGCCGUAGACAGUGCUGUCCUCGCGAACGAUAUGGGUGCAGCUACCAUGUCCACUCCUGUGUCUCCUCAAAAGUCCGAGAGAAAUAACGAUGCCGAUCUCGAUGCAGUGCCCACUUUGCUUCUCCACCAAGACAGUGUAGCUGAUGACUGGAGAACGGAACUGAACCGAAGGCAGAUGUCGGCUCAACAGGAGCACUGGAUCUCGGUGCAAGCUCACUGGGAAGAAACGAGUCAAAGGAUAUCCUCACUCUCAUUCCUGAAGUUUGCUUCAAUCCUGAUCGAGUUGAUGGCUAAAGUGAAGACGGUGGUAGCCGUGGUCGACGACUUCGCCCAAAAAGCAAAAUUCAGUGGGUCAACAUCGCGACAUUGAUCCGAGCUCUCCCACUCGAUCCCCUUGUAUCUGUAUCAAGAAAAGUUCACCUUUGCACCGAUGGCUGAUCUUGACCGACAGCCAUAUUAGAAGGUGCAUUGUGUACAUUGAGGAUUCUCUUCGGCAACCGCAGCCCAUUGUUGCAGUGUGCAUUUAUUAAAUCAUUAAUCUCAGUUAGCGAACUCGUCUACACUGUCUGUAGCUAGCGUAGUGUUGAUGCCUACUGACAACUGCCAAAGUGUAUUCGGAUACCGUUCCUUAGACGUUUCAACCAGCCUGAUCUAGAGUAUCGUAAAGUCAAGAGGCAUUCGCUUCACGUCCAAUUUUAUUGCCAGGAACCUCGCAGCUCACAUGGGUCAAGAUUUUGCUCUCAGAUAUCCAAGUCACUUGAGAGAUCCAGUGAGCUGUUUAUGUAACGGAAAGAUUUGGGCAUUUGUUGCCAUGGUAAAUAAGUAGUCACUCAAUUCGUGCAUUUGUCAUAACCUGAACCUUUGAACAGGCCUCU